AUGAAUUUAUAAUAAUAAGAAAGACAAAGAGUCACUGAUAACUUAAGUUAAAUAUCUUAAUUGAGUACUAGAGCACCUACUAUUAUACCUUAAUAGUAGGAAUCAUUACCAUUUAUAUCCUAUACAACUGAAAAUGUUGAUAGAUAAUAAAAGCAAUAGGAAGAAAAUGAAAGAAAAUAAAAACUAAUGGCAGAAGCACGUAAAUUGAUGGUACCCACUUAAGAAAGUGAAAUCAAAUCAUAAUUACGAUAAUUAGGGUAACCAGUAACAUAUUUUGGUGAAAGUGCUGUUGAUAGAAGAUAGCGUUUACGAACAUUGUUAACAGAACAUUUAAUGUAAUAUGGUAGAUUACCUUAAUUUUUUAAACAAUAGAAUAAUCAUAAUAUGGGUAAUUUAGAGAAUGAAUAUUUCUUAUAUGAAGGAAUAGAAUAAUUAAGAGCUGCUAGAAUAGAAAUAGCUAAGUUAUCACUUCAUAAUGCAGCUCUAAGAGUUGAGAAAUAAAGAUUAAGAAGAUUAACUGUUGAUGCAUUAUUAGAAGAUUAAGAAGUAUUAGAUGAAAUGUAAAAAGUAAAUCAUUUUGCAAUAUAAAUGUCUUAAUUUGGUGAUUCUUCAGGAAUAUCUAGAUCAACUAUUAGUCCAAAUUAAAAAUAUCUUGCAACUGCUGGUGGAUCUGGAGAAUGUAAAUUAUGGGAUAUUGAAAAUGCAUCAUUAAAGUCAAGUUUUUUGGGACAUUUAACAAAAUGUCAUUCUAUUGCAUUUCAUCCUUAAUCAUUAUUAACAUUAUCUUCUUAAUCUUUUGCUAAUGUUGCAACUGCAUCAGCUGAUUUAUCAAUUAGAUUAUGGACAUUAGAUUUGGAUUAAGUAGAAGUAGAGAAUUUGGGAAUGUUAUAAAAAUCAAUUGUAUUGAAAGGCCAUGAAGACAGAAUAAAUAAAGUAAUAUUUCAUUAAGAUGGAAAAAGAUUGAUAAGUAUGGGUUUUGAUAAGACAUGGAGAUUAUGGGAUAUUGAAACUUAAACUGAAUUAAUGGUAUAAACUGGGCAUUCUAGAGCAAUAUAUUCAGGAACUUUACAUCCAGAUGGUUCAUUAUUAUUUACAGGAGAUUUAGGAGGAUUUGGAAUGGCAUGGGAUUUGAGAAUAGGUAAAGGUAUUUUACCAUUUGUUGGUCAUGUUAAAGGAAUAUUAGCUAGUGAUUUUAGUAUGAAUGGUUAUCAUAUUGCAACUGGAGGAGAUGAUAAUUUCAUAAGGGUUUGGGAUAUUAGAAGAAGAAAUGUAAUAGAAAAGAUACCUGCACAUAUUAAAUUAGUAAGUGAUUUAAAAUUUUAACCAAUUUAUAGUAAAUUCUUAAUUAGUGCUUCUUAUGAUGGAAAUAUUAAAUUUUGGAAUUCUAGAGAUUGGAGUUUGCAUUCUGUUUAUGAGAUAUAGGAUACAAAAGUAAUAUAUAUAUAAAAAUAUAUAUUUUAGCAUACUUCAGUUUGUAUAACAGAUGAUAUAAAGACUAUGAUUACUACAGGAUUAGAUAGGAAAUUUGUAAUUUGGUAAUGA